AUGGAAGGUCUCCUCUCCAGACUUGGCAUUCUCUUUUUAUAGCAUAUUAUGGGUGUACACUGCCAAGGUUGUUUCUCUCCCCCUACUGUGCGUAUUGUGCACUCAGGUCACGCAUGUAAUGUGGAGGAGGAGCGAUACUCAGAGAGAGUGUAUACCAUCCGGGAAGGGGAGACUCUUGAGCUCACCUGUCUUGUAACAGGCCACCCACGACCACAGAUACGGUGGACCAAGACAGCAGGGAGUGUGUCGGACCGCUUCCAGGACUCCAGUGUGUUUAAUGAGACUCUUCACAUUGAUAAAAUCCAGAGACACCAGGGGGGGCGCUAUUACUGCAAAGCAGAGAAUGGCCUUGGAUCACCUGCUAUCAAAUCCAUCAGGGUUGAUGUUUACUACCUGGAUGACCCUGUUGUGACUGUACACCAGAGUAUAGGAGAAGCCAAAGAGCAGUUCUACUAUGAGAGGACAGUGUUUCUCCGCUGCGUGGCUAAUUCAAACCCACCAGUCCGCUACAGCUGGCACCGUGGUCGAGAUAUCCUCUCUCAGGGGUCAGACAAAGGUGUGGAGAUUUAUGAGCCCUUCUUCACACAGGGGGAGACUAAGAUCCUGAAACUGAAGAAUCUGAGGCCCAAAGACUACGCCAACUACAGCUGCAUUGCCUCCGUCAGAAACGUAUGUGGUAUCCCUGACCGCAAGGUCAUCUUUAGACUCACCAACAGAACAGCAUCUCCCUCUAUAAAGCUGCUGGUUGAGGACCCUAUUAUAGUGAACCCAGGUCAGUCUGUCUCCCUGGUGUGCAUCACGACGGGAGGAGAGCCCCCGCCCACCCUCACAUGGAUCAGCAGCAGAGAAACCCUGCCUGAGAAAAGCGUGGUAAAGGACGGUACCCUCACCCUACCCUCCAUCUCCUCUGAGGACGCAGGCGUCUACAGCUGCAUCGCCAGCAAUAACGUGGGCAACCCUGCCAAGAAGUCCACCACUAUAAUUGUUCGAGCUCUGAGAAAAGGACGGUUCUGGAUCACGCCAGACCCAUAUCACAACGACGACAACAUUCAGAUUGGCCGAGAGGUGAAAAUCUCCUGCCAGGUGGAGGCCACGCCCCCAGAGGAGCUUGUCUUCAGUUGGCUGAAGAAUGGUCGUGGCCUGCGAAGCUCGGAGCGAAUGGUCAUCACUCAGACAGAUCCCGACAUCUCUCCCGGAACCACUAACCUGGAUAUCAUCGACCUCAAAUUCACAGAUUUUGGUACAUACACCUGUGUUGCAUCACUCCGUGGGGGAGGAAUCCCUGAGAUCAGCAUUGAUGUCAACAUCUCAUCCACCACUGUCCCUCCUCUGUUCUUCUCUUUCUUAGUUCCACCCAACCUGACGGUGCCGCGGGGGAAAUCCCCGCUGGUGGCCCGGGAGGGGGACACGGUCGAACUGGAGUGCCUUGUUUCAGGGAAACCAAAGCCCAUCAUUUUGUGGUCCCGGGCAGAUAAGGAGGCACCCAUGCCGGAUGGCAGCAUGCAGAUGGAGAGUUAUGAUGGGGUGUUGAGGAUCGUUAAUGUCUCCAGAGAGAUGACAGGCUCGUACCGCUGCCAGACCAGCCAGUAUAAUGGCUUCAACGUCAAACCCAGAGAAGCAGUGGUGGAGCUCAUUGUACAAUAUCCUCCCUCAGUGGAACCGGUGUGGUCAGAGUUACGGCAGGGUUUAGGUCGACCAGUAGCAAUGAACUGUCGUGUGCUCAGAGCUCACCCAUCGCGUGUGUUGCGGUAUGAGUGGCGACUGGGAUCACGACUGCUCCACGCAGGUCAUUUCGACACAAAUGAUGAGACAGAGUAUACAGUGCGCAGCCUCACACGCGAGGGCUAUGGAGAAUAUACCUGUGACAUCAUCAAUGAGGCUGGUGCUGGACGUUGCACCUUUGUUGUCACUGGUAGAGCUUUUGCUCCAGAGUUUUACUAUGACACGUACAGCCCACUGUGGCAGAAUCGACCUCGUGUGUAUGGAUUCAAACUCCAGUGGACUCAGAUGAACCCUAACGCUGUCGAUCGGAUCAUGGCAUAUCGCCUCGGAAUACGGCAGACAGGACAGCAGAGAUGGUGGGAGCAGGAGAUCCCAGUGGAGGGAACCAUCCAGAAAGGAGAGCUUAUCACUUACAAUCUGACAGAGCUGAUCAGGCCUGAAGCAUAUGAGGUGCGACUGACACCCAUCACUCGUUUUGGGGAAGGAGACUCCACAAUCAGAAUGGUCACCUAUAGUGCUCCCGUCAACCCUCAUCUGAGGGAAUUUCACUGCAGUUUCGAGGAGGAUACCAUUUGCAUGUUCACUCAGGAGAAGAAAGAUGAUUUUGAUUGGACAAGACACAGUGCCGCCACACGUGACACUAAGUACACGCCCAACACUGGACCGAGUGCUGACCGGAGUGAAUCCAAACAGGGUUUCUACAUGUACAUCGAGACAUCCAGACCUCGGCUUGAGGGAGACAAGGCACGUUUGAUCAGUCCUACCUUUAACGUGGCUCCCAAAAACCCAUAUGGCAUCACCAAUCCCCCUGCCUACUGCUUCAGCUUUUACUACCACAUGUACGGGAGGCAUAUAGGGACUCUUAAUGCAUUUCUGAAGCAGAGAGACCAGGCCUUGGCAGACUUAAGUCCAGUUUGGUCCCUCAGUGGGAACCAAGGAAACCGCUGGAAACAGGCAAAGAUCAGUAUCCACCCCACCUCAUCUUUCCAGGUGAUAUUCGAAGGCAUUCGUGGUCCUGGGAUUGAGGGAGACAUAGCCAUUGAUGAUGUCACCUUGGAGGAGGGGGAGUGUCCAGACCCUCCGUCAAAUCAUAUCAGAUCUGUGGCUUCACCUAGAGGGACUCAUAUAUGGCCACCAAGUGUCGUCUUGGUCUUAACCCUAUUCCAGGGUCAGAGGUGA